UUUAUAAUAGGGCACUGGAAAUUUAGCCAAGCGCUUUAAUUUAAAUUUUAAUUUAAACAGCUAAUUAAGACGACAUGUCUAAUCAAUUUAACACUCGCAAGCGCCUUAUGGCAAUGUUAUCAAAUGAGAUGCGGUUGGAGCAAGAGGAGAAUGCCAUAGCAAAACAGAGCGCCAAAUUUCACAGCAAAGUCGCAACAACCAUGGAAAAUAUUAAACGACAGCAACGUGAAUCGGAAAAAUUAAAUGCACUAUUAAACCAACGACGCGAUGAAGUCGAAAAACGCAACGCUCUAAAAAAUGCUGUGCGCGUCAAGCUGGCAGAGGAGGAGCAGCAUUGUGCUGAUAUGCAGGCACAGCUGGCCAAAAAGAAACAAGAGCGGGACAAGCUUAUAGCCUGAACUUAAUCUUCUCCAGCGUGCACACUCUGAGUGAAGCUACCAACACGUACAUCAAUCGAAAGGCUUUGCCCGAACGUGUGAAAGGUGUCGCAGUUUCACCAGAUGAUGGUCAGUGGAUACCCUUUGAUUUUGAUGCACACGAUCGCCAGGGCUUGGCAGCUCUGUGGGCGCAAGUGAAUCGAUCAAGUCGCAAUACCAACAACUGGCGACAACUGCUGUCUGUGGGCAAUUCUUCAAUGCCAGCUCCAAACGGAAAGGAAAACGCCAACGUCUCAAUGACAUCUGUAAUUGAGAUUGACCUUACAUCGCCGCCAUCCCAAAAAUGAUUGAUUUGUGGCCCAAAUGCAAGCAAUGGAAGUUUAAUCGACAAAACAUGCAUUAUUUUUAGUCGUUUCAAUUUAUUAUCUGUUUAUUUGUAUUAUCUUUAAGAGCGCGUGUUUCAUAUAAUAUAUGUU